AUGAAAAUUGACACAAACAACUUUAUCCCUUCCAGAACCAUACCGAAAGAAGCAGUUUCUACCCAUGACGAAAAAAAAGUGACGCCAAUUGAUAGAGAAAAAGAUCUAUCUCCCAAUAUUCCUCAGUCUCAUAUUGGUCCCGAAGCACAAGGAAGAAUUUUUUCUCGUUCUAGCUUGGAUUGCUCGCCUGAAAACAGUGGUAUGCAUUCGCUGCAACUGUUAACAGAAACCCAGGUAUUUGAUGAAUCUACAGAUCCUUUUGCCCCUCAAACUGCGACUUCAACUAGCUCCUUUUCGUAUCAUAGCCCAUCCUCCGAUGCAGAAUUUUUAGAAAGACACGCCCCAACAUCGGCGGGUGCCAUUUCACCUACAAGCCCUGCCCCUAUAAACCCAGAACACAAGUCCACCCUCCCGAACCGUCGUUUACAGCCCGAAAAUCAAUCCUCCAAAAACGAUUCAAAUGGCAAACGCAGUGAUGAUCGCAAGGCCAGUUUAUCAAAUUCAGCUUUAGAUGAAAUUCCUCCUGACAUUGGUUCCGCCAACUGGGCGGAAGCUGUUAAACAGAAGCGAUUGAACAUGAGACGUCGGCAUGAGGAACUAGACGAUGAUUGCGUUUUAGUAGGAACACGUGUUUCUGAAGGCCAUGAAAAUUACGUUACCGCCUAUAACAUGCUCACGGGUAUUCGUGUAGGAGUUUCUCGAUGUCAAGCAAAAAUGGACCGAGCUCUGACACCAACCGACUUUGGCUCUCGACACAAGUAUACCUUUGAUAUAACUGGCAACGAGCUUACACCUUCCGCUAAAUAUGAUUUUAAAUUCAAAGACUAUGCGCCUUGGGUAUUUCGCCAUUUGCGACAGCUCUUCCAUCUAGAUGCUGCGGAUUAUCUUGUAUCGCUCACUAGUAAAUACAUUCUUUCUGAACUUGAUUCUCCCGGAAAGAGUGGCUCUUUCUUUUACUUUUCACGAGAUUAUCGCUUCAUAAUCAAGACUAUUCACCGUUCCGAACAUAAAUUUUUACGAGAAAUUCUUUAUGAUUAUUAUGAGCAUGUCAAAAAUAAUCCGAAUACGUUGAUUUCACAAUUUUAUGGUUUGCAUAGAGUAAAACUUCCAUUUGGACGCAAAAUUCAUUUUGUGGUUAUGAAUAAUCUUUUUCCUCCGCAUCGCGAUAUUCAUCAAACAUUUGAUUUGAAGGGAUCGACACUGGGGCGUGAAUUAAAUGAAGAAAUACCUUCUCAAAAUCCGAUGUGUACGAUGAAGGAUACAAACUGGUUACGCAGAGAUAUGCAUCUUCAAUUUGGUCCUUUAAAACGUCAGAUAUUUUUGACUCAGGUUAAAGCCGAUAUUGAUUUGCUUUCUUCUUUAGGUAUAAUGGAUUACAGUCUUUUAGUAGGUAUUCAUGAUCUUAGUCGUGGAAAUCGGGAUAAAAUACGAAAUAGCAUAUUAUCCGUUUAUGAUCCCAAUGUUUCACAUCACCAAGUUCCGUCCACAGGCGUUGGUGAAUCAAAUGCUCACCUUCUUCGGCAAGUUGUGAAUAGCACUGGACCAGUUUCGCUGGAUAGGUCGUGCAACCGUCUUCCAAGCAACCAAUUUAUGGAAAGAAGUAACUUUAUGUUCUAUAGUGAUGAUGGUGGUUUUCAAGCUACCGAUGAAAUGAACCAACCUGCGAAUCAUAUAUUUUACAUUGGUAUUAUCGAUUUACUUACGAAGUAUUCCUACGUUAAAAAAGCUGAGCAUUUAUGGAAAGGCAUCAAUCAUUCCGAGUCAGCAAUUUCUGCCGUUCCCCCGCCUGAGUAUGCCAACCGAUUUUACAAAUUUAUUGAGACCGGCAUAAAGCCAAAUCAUCUAACUUUAAAACCUGUUCCGAUGUUCAAACAACAGAACGAUAACGUUGUCCUUGUAAGCAACCACCAAAACGGAAAUGACAAGGAAACCGAGGAGUCCUCUACGAAAUCAAAACCUAAAUCAAGAGAAGGUCAAUUAAAUCCUCAACAAAGCCCUUCACGAAAAAAAAGCUCAUCCCCAAUUCAGAAGGCAUCGGUUUCUCCUAAACGGUUUCCUUUUAUACGACCCAACGUAACUGGCAACAAUUUAUCACAAACUAAAUAA